UGCGGAUCGCAUCAGCUGGUUGUUUGCCUGGUUAACUAACUGGAAGUGCCAGUCUUAUUUGGAAACCAGACGGACGACGCACAACUCGCAAUUUGUCACACAUUAAACAACAAAAAAAAGUACUAAACAAACAUAAGUAGAACAAAAAAAUAACAUAAAAGAAACAUUCGCAAGUGAUUUUUUUUGUUAACAUUAAGACGUAGUGAAUAAAACAUAUUCCAAAAAUAUCAGAAAGAGAUCUGAAGAAGAGUAAAACAAAGUGUUAAUAAAAAUUCCAAUUGAAAUAAAACACAGAACAAGAACUAGCACUAUUGGAAUAAAAAUUAAAGUCUUUGUUCUAAAAGAAAAAAACACAAGAACAAAAACAAAUUUGUUACAAAAAAAUAACAAUACAUACCUAUUAAUUUUAAAAAUAAUUCCUAUUAAAUUCAAGUAAAAAAACGUUUUAAUUUGGAAUGGAAUUUUUAAGUAGAGAACCACUAAUCGUAAAAAACACUACCACAAUAGCUGAUGAAAUUUCCCUACUGAACUUCAAGAUCGGUAACAAUUUAUAGCGGUGUUUGAAUUUCAAAUAUAAAAGCAAAUAUUGAAAAAGUGACAUCAUUAUUAUCAACGACAGAACAACGCUCUCCAUAAAUUCGUUACAUUUAACCGGAAAAUUUUGCAAAAGUAGAAUUUUUUUGUUUGAACCGCUGUUUUAAUUUAUUUAAUUUGUUUAAGGAAAUCCAAGGCCAGCUUUUGUUAAUACGCCCCAAUAAUAUAUAAUUUACACUCUCACUCAUACAACGGAAGUGAAAAGUGAAAUAUCAGCAACAAAAACAAAAAUAUACAACAAAUUGACAAACAUUGACCGAGCGAUCGAACGCCUUAACUCGAACAAAUUGUUAAAAAUUUAUUGCUAAAAUCCAAUAAAAAUGUUUAAAAAGUGAACAUAAAUUAAAAUAAAUUAUAAAAAUAUUUAAAGAAAGUGAAUUUGUUUAUUUUCGUUUUCCUGUUGCAACAAAGUAUUUUUUAUUACCACCAAAGUUAAUUUUUACGUGCCAAAUUAUUACCAUCAAUAAUAACAAAUAAAUCCUCAAUAUGAAACCUCAACCGAAAAAAGUUGCUCCCGAUGGCGGCUGGGGAUGGGUGGCUUGUUUUGGUGUCAGUUUAGUCAAUUUGGCCACACGUUCAAUAGAACCCUCGUUUGGUCUAUUGUUCGGUGAUUUAUUACGUGAUCUCAAUGUGGGUACCACUGGUGCAGCUGUGAUUAUUAGUACCUUAGAUGUAUGUAUGAAUUUUUCGGGCCUUUUUGUGGGGCCCUUACUAAAGGAGUUCUCCUAUCGCAAAGUAGCCAUUGCCGGUUCACUGCUUUGCGCUCUGGGUUUGGCGUGUACAAGCCCGGCGGCGAGUAUGGCCCAUAUAAUUGGGACAUAUGGUGUUUUAAAUGGCAUUGGUGUGGGUUUAGCAACUUCUGCGGCGUUUGUGGCAUUAAAUCAUUAUUUUAAAUAUAAACGUGGUCAGGCUGUGGGAUUAUCGAUGGCCGGUACCGCAUUGGGUAUGUUGAUUAUGCCCCAGCUGGUAAGAGUUCUAUUGGAAGCUUUUGGUUUUCGUGGAGCUGUAUUAUUAUUAGCUGGCGUGGCCUUAAAUGCCACCGUGGGUUCGGUGUUAUUACAACCGGCCAAGUGGCAUAUGAAAGAUGAAAAAAUCGAUGAAGAAAUGAUAGUCAUCGCAGCUACAGCCCCACCAGAAUUUAAGGUUAUCCAAGAGGACGGCACCGAAGAAGAUGCUCUACCCGAAAUGAAUACUUUGCUCUUCCACAAACACAAUCAUCAGCAGCAGCAAAUGCGAAAGAAUUUCUCCGAAAUGAAUAUGAACACUAUGGUGGGCUCCAGACUGGGCCUGCCCAAGAGACCAACAUUUCCCCGCAUUAUGUCUUUGGCUGGUGUACAAUCGGCUGCUAAUGGUUAUGCCUCAAAUAGUGAUGUUAAUAUGACUUUAAGAAAUCGCAAACAAUCGGUUACUUCCAACUUGUCUUAUAUGGAUUUUACUGGUUCCAUUUUACAAGUACACAUGAAUGUGGGUGAUGAUGAAUUCGAACAAAAUGAUCGUGAGCUGAAGAGAGUUAGCACGGCGACGGGAGCUUUUGGUAAUGCCCACCGUGAUUCUUUUAUUAAAAUGAAACCGACCGAAUUGGAAAAAGCCACCGAAAUUGCAGCUGCUGAAAAACAAGCUGAAAAGAAACCUGGUUUUUGGACGAGAUUUGCUGAUCUUAUGGAUGUGGACUUGCUAAAAGACAAAAUGUUCCUGAAUAUACUCUUCGGCUUAUCGAUAUUUUAUGUGGCCGAAAUGAAUUUCAAAAUGGUGACACCAUUCUUCUUUGCCAAUUUGGGUUAUAAUAAAGCCGAUGUGGCCUAUUGUUUGUCCAUUACCGCUAUUACCGAUAUUGCUGCUCGUAUUGUUUUGCCGCCCAUAUUCGACCGUACGAAUAUUAAAAAACGUACCGUGUUCUUGGUAUCCAUUAUAUUUGUGGCCAUAACCAGAUCAAUUAUGGCCGAACAAACAGAAUGGAGUCAACUAAUGAUUUGGCUGUCAAUCUGUGGUUUCUUCAGAGGUUCAGCACUCAGUAAUUUUACACUUACAGUUUCUGAGUACUGUUCUCUGGAGAAAUUACCUUCAGCCUUCGGUUGGCAUUUAGUAGGUAAAGCUGUAUUCGUUAUAUGUUUUGGUCCCCUAAUCGGACUCAUACGUGAUCUUACCAAUAGUUAUCCCAUUUGUAUUCAUGCUCAAAGUGUUUGUAUUCUCUUGUGUGGUGUGGCCUGGACCAUCGAAUAUUUCAUUGAAUACAUGCAACUGAGAAAGUCGAAAAAAGCAGCAGCAGCUGAAGCUGCAACAGAUAAUAAUGCUCCCGAUAUAAGUUACAAACAAUAGUAGCUUUCGUUAUUAAAUUAAAACUUUUUUUUUAAUAAAUAAUAAAGUAUAUUAGACCAAUUUCUAAUUUUUAUACAAAUAUUUAUAACUAUACAUAUGUACAUUCAAAUACAAUAAUACAUUUACAAUACAUAUAAUUUAUAUAUACCUAAUGUAUCUAUAAUAUGUAACAAAAAUAUAUUGAAAAAAUGACAUAUACUUAAAUUUUGAAAAGGCAAAUUAUCUAUAUAUUUAUUUUCGAUAUCUUUAAAAUUGAAUUAUUUUGUAUACACUUGUAUUUGUAUUUAUGUUUUGUACUUUUAUGUUUAAUAAGAAAAUAUCAUAAGAAAUUUACAAAAAAACAAAUUAAAACGAACUUAUAUGUGAUAGUUCAAAAUUUUAAUUAAUUUAAGUUUAGUGAAUAUGAAUAUUUAUAUAACAUUUACAACAAAAACCCAACAUUAUAUAUUAAACUAACUGUAACAAGUUUUUAUUAUGAUAUUAAGUAAAAUUGUAAUGUUUACUUAUUAUUAUCCUGAAUGUCACUAGAAAUCGGUGACCAGUCUGAAUAUUUAUGUUAAUGUUUGUUUAACAUUCACAUUUAAUAACGAUAAAAAUACAAAAUUUUUCGAUAUUUUAUUAUUUUCUUUAUAUUAAUUAUUAUUAUUUAAUUAAAAAAAAAAACAUUUGCCAGUACUUGUACUUAUAUAAACAAAAAACUUACUUUAGUAUUUCGGACAUAAAUCCUUAUAUUUAGUUGUUUAAUUAACAUUUAAUUUUAAUAUAAGCUAGAGUUUAAUACUUUUUUUAAGGACUUACUAGGCUAUAACUUAAUAAAUGUAAAAAAAUAUAUGAAAUUUUGGCCGGUUUAUUUUAAUACAAAACUAAUAAUACCAUUUAUUGAAAUUUGGCAAAUUAUACGACAAUAUUUGUUAUUACAAAAAGGCCUUAAACCGACAAAUAUACAUAUUAAACAUAUAAAAAGUGUCUUACAUAAUUUCGAUGUACAAUUGUUACUACAACUAUUAGGUUUAAAAAAAAAUAGUGUAUAUUUAACAAAACUAAAAAUUGAAAAAAAAUAAAUACAAAAACAAUUAAAAACAA